GUGUAUAGGAAGAUCCUAAUUGAUCGAUUUUCGGCGAUCGUGCGGGGGCGGCGAGACAUCCCCCGCUCAUGGGAGGUCGUUAGUUCGGCCUGGAUCCCAUGGCUGGCGUCCUGUCGAUCCCCUGAACUGUGGCAGCACAGAGAGUGGAAGAGGUGAAUCAGAUCGAACGGCGUGGUUUCAACCGAGCAAAGAAAAACACCGGAAAGUCUGACGGGCGUGUGAGUGCGCGCAAGGAAGGAGGCAACGGUGGCUGCUCGGGUGCCAAGAAGAUGCGGGUGUUCGCGUGGCCUGGCAGCGUGACUCGCGGGAGACUCGCAGACGAUGAAUUGGCGGGCAACGAUGUUGGCUCACGCGGCGGACCCGAGAGAAACGGCAGCAGCACAGGCAGGAGCAGUAGCAGCAGCAGCAAAGCCGGCGGUAGCCAGCACCGUGCGAUCCGUCGCGGCGAGAAAGAGGGCGCGGGUAACACCGUCAUCAUCGGCAGCAUCGGCUGGGCAUGUACGUCAUCUACCCGGCGGACGAGCUCCUGCGAAUCUAUGAGAAUCAUCCCGCGCGUGAUCGUAAUAGCUCAGUGUUGACUGGCGAUCGACUCCGCCGUCCGAGCUGCCAGAUCACCGUGAUCGCUGUCAGCGAGACCGCCGAACCGGUCGAGGAGGAUUCCAAGUGGAGAAAGGAGAAAAGCAAGAGGCGAAGGAGAAGCGGUCAGACGCGAAGAAGAGGAGCCCGACGUAACGAGGCUCGGAAUUACGAGAACACUAGGGGCGCUGUUGCCCGGGACGGCACCAGGACUAUGCAAAACAGCCGUGGCGCCGGCGAGGACGCCGGCAAUCCUCUCAAGGACCUCACGCAGCCAGGACUCAACGAACCCCUCAAGCAGCACAAUGCGGCCGCGCUCAAGCUCGUGCAGACUGUGUCCGAGUUCGCGCAGGAACUGGGCGCUGCGAUGGAGAGCCAUUCAGCGAACGUUCGACGUCUGGUCGACGAGUUUCGUGGCAGAUCCGGAGACACUAGAAUGGACACAGGAGGCAUGCGACGGGUUUGGGAGAGUUUGCUGCGUCAGGUAGAGGCUGACGCGGUAGCUCACCUGGACCUGGCUGCAGUUCUCCAGCAACAAUUGUCCAGACCCACUUUGGAAGCCAGUUUCCAUAGGAAGCUUCAAUCCAGGAAGGUGUUCACUCAUCGCGAGGCUUUUGAGCAAGUGGUGUCCAAGUCCGAGGAGAAGCUGCAGCGUGCCCGCGGCGACUACAAACGCGCGUACGCCGCGCUGCUGAUGAGCGACGCCUCGAGCGAGCAGGAGCUGAGGCGCGGCUACUUCGAGGCGCACAACGCGUACAUCCUCCAAUUGAGGGCGACCAAUGCGAUUACGGAACGGUACCAGACGCAGUGCCUGCCGGGUCUAUUGGGCGAUAUAGCAGAGGUAUACGAGGAAUUAUGCGGAUUGGUUUGCAAAUGCGUCGCUGGGAUAUCGGAUUCAGCGGCGGAGCGAGCCGGCGAGCAGGCCAAGCGUUAUCAGGGUGUCGCCAAGGAAGCUCAAGUCAUCGUGCCGUUGAACGACCUGCAACUUCUAGCACGAAGUCUGUCAGCCACGGCGACGCCAUCGAAGAAGCCAGCCAGACGUUUGUUCGUCGCUCCAGGCCCUCCUGAACAGGUGCCAAUGGAAAGAAUCAAUCAGAUACCCUGCCUGAGGGAUGAGCUGGCCCCUACUGGUACCAACACGCUGCCGUUAAUGGAGGAUCUUCGAAGAGAACACGACGGUCUUAGCCAGGAGAUCUCGCGACUUCAGGACGCUUUGGACGCUCUGACCCGCAUGCAACGCAAGAGCGCCGAAAGCAAUCUUUACACUAAAGUGGCCGAGCUGCAGGAGGACAUCUCCAUAAAGCGUUUCGAACUUGGCGAGGCACAGCUCUAUCUGGCGGCUGUGCAAGCACAGAAAGAGCUGUUCGGCGGCGGAGAAACCGGUCAACCGGAUGGGGUGAGCAGCCGGAAGAUGUCGAACGGCUCGACCGGAAGUACCAAGCACAAAUGGCUGAAAGCGUUCAAGAGUCUAAAGACGACCUCGCCGCCAACACCGCCGUCCACAGACAAAGGAAAGCAGGCGAUGUACCAUGCUGUGUCGACGGUCGUCGCCAUGUCCAGAAAAAGCCUCGAGUCCGAGGGCGGACACACGUGGCGCGAGUACACCUACAGGAAGAUCACCCCCUGCGACGCCUGCGGUCAGGUGUUGCGCGGUCACAGCUGGCAGGGGGUCAGAUGUCGCGGCUGCAAGGCGAACGCGCACACCGAUUGCAUACACCUCGUACAGCCGGCGAUGUGCCCGAGCCUGGCGCCGAAAAAGAGCGGCGGCAUACCGCUUCUUCGACGUCAGAAGACCCAGGCACAGGCAGACGAGGCGCCAGUCGCCGAGCACAACGUGGACGCCAUAUACCAGGUGCUGAAGCAGGCAGGCGAGAUACGUGGAAACUCGACAAACUCACCACCUACGCCUCCCACAGCAGAUCAUCCUCCCUCCGGUGCAGCACCUUCGUCAGCGAGGGCCUCCUCCCACCCCUGUUCCUCGUCCACCUCUGCGCCGCACAGCCCGCAACGUAGACGGGAGAGGCUUAACCUGAGGAUGAAGAGUCUCAGUCUGGACUCGCCGGAAGGCUCGGCUCAUGUUCGACACCGACCACGCGACUACUACACCGGUGGCCAAAGAGAGUCCACGCCGCCUAGACACUCCGACAGUGGAAGCAUUAACAGACUUUCACCAUGCAGUCCAGGCCAGGGCCACGGUGUGCACAAACAUAUAAGAGGAGCGAUCAGGAUGUCGAGUAUGGAAUUACCGGACGAGAACGAGAAAUCCUAUUCCUCGGCGAGCACUUCACCGUGCCCGUCCCCGCAUACCAACAAUCAGAAUCACAUGAAUCCACCGGGGAAACGUGUUCUGCCACCCAACAACCUCUAUGUGGCCCUUUACAACUUCGACGCACGUCACCGGGACGAGUUGGAUCUGAAGGCUGGUUAUAAAAUAACAGUGAUCGACAAAUCAGAGAAGGAUUGGUGGAAAGGAAAGUGUUUGGGUGGAAGAGUCGGUUACUUCCCGAGUGCGUAUGUGAUGAGAGUGGAAUCUGGACAGAAGACUCUCCAGGUCACUCGUAAUCUACAGCUUACUGAUCAGAUCACAUUAUUACGUGAUCAGAUAGUGAUUCAGGUCGGCGAGGAGGUAGAUGGCGUUGCGAUGGUACGUUGCGCGGCGGAUGUCCGUUCCGCGGACCACAUCGGAAAGGAGGGCGAGGUACUUUACAAGGAGACCCUGUGUCCCCUAAAGUAUCUUCAGGAGGUGUGACAACAGCCCCGGCAGGGUGGCCACCCUGCGGGCGAGCGUCAGAGUCGCGCGUACCUACGCGAGCGAU